UCAGUGGAGUGUGCUGUUGUGUGCUGUCAGAGUGUCAGACGUCAGUGGUCAGUGCCGUGCAUGCUGGUGCACGUGAGUGCACGCGGUUCUUUGAUCUCACGACUGAUUUCAAAGAAUGUGACCUUCCGUCGUCGAUUCCGGGACUCUCGUUUAGGUUUUCUAUCGUGCGCCGUAUUUUUAGACGCGAUUGAUCAGUCUUGUCCAGCGGAUAUUGGCGACUCGAUUACGAUUUUACGAGGCGAGGCGUCUAGCGACGCGAGACCAUUCAACAUAUCGCACGACAUGAUGCGCCUGUGACGCGGAGAACAUCACCGUCUGGCACCGUCUUGAAGAGGCUGUACGGGAUUGUCCGCGGUCACCGUUCGACGUGUCGUCGGAUCGAGAGGGGUGGUUUCUACAUGCCAGCCCGUUCUAAGUUCUCGACAAUCGAUAGGGAAACAUGCAUGUGCACGGACUCGUGAGCCUCGCUCGUCGAGGGACUCGGCGUUCGGGGAACGGUUAUCCUCGACGCUCGGAGGCGACUUGGACGCGCCGGCAAGGUUAGGCGGCCGCGACCAGUCAUGAAGAGCCCUGUGAACGGGACCAGCGCGCAUCCCGUCUCGUCGCCGAGCCCGCAGACGUCGGGAAGCGGUGCGAAGUCCCGUCACAACAACAUCGCCAGCAGCUUCCAAGUGGUGAAGAUCGCCGGGCGCGAGUCUGGAUGCUACAUCGCCAGCAAUAUCGCGCCGAAGGUCGGCAAGCAGCAGUUGGUGUCUCUGAACGGCGACACGGUGCGCUGCGACAGCGUCAACGUCGACGAGGCGCUGGCGUGCGACGUAGCGCCCAUACCGGCGGCAAAGACCAAGGCUCUGUGCGUGCACAUCAGGGAGAACAAGUGGUACGACGCCGGUAACGUGGUCUCCGUCGGGGUGGCGGGCACCAGCCUAAAUCAUGCCCUCGAGAGCAUGUCCUUGGCUUACAAUCCCUCCACAAAGCAACUGUACUCCGUGGAGGAGCCCAGGAUACCCAGCAACGCACAAAUCGACUGUAAUACUCUUCAGUAUCUAGAAUCUCCGUGUAACGGUAAGGAACGGACGUCAGGUGUGAAGCUUGACGGGGACAAAUAUAUGAAGCUUGAUGGGGAUAAGUAUAUGAAACUUGAAAAUAUUAGCGCAAACAGUAGUCCAAGAAAUAGUCUGCCACGUUCGUGUAGCAGCACAGUGUCUUCCCUUAGCGAAAUAUCACCUUCAGGCAGCUUUUUAGGAUCCGACGAGCAGCACGUCGUAGAGAAAAGUGAUAAGAUAACUAAACGUUGGGGUCUAAACACACUUUUUACAAAGAAUGUGUUCUCAUGGAAGAGCAGGAGCUCUCAACAUUCGACACCUACCAGUAGCCCAUCUAGAAAUAUUGACAAGAUAGGAGGUAGCACAGCUUUAAUUCAGCAACCGAGACCAGCAAAUUUACCAGCCAAAAACGUCCUGGAGGAGGAGCGCCACCGUAAGCAAUACGAUGCUAUUUUAGAGGCAGCAAGGAAGAGGGAACUACGCGAGGAGAAAGAGCGUAAGCAACAACGAGAGUGUCAGCUGAGAGAAGAGAAGAGAUUGGCCGAGGAUUCCAACACAUGGAAUGUGCAUGUUCUACCCAAGUUCGAGAGUGUUAGAAAUACGAAAAGAGUAAGGGAAUUGUGGUGGCGCGGUGUACCGCCGAGUGUCCGCGGUAGGGUAUGGAAAUUAGCAAUCUCAAAUAAUUUAAAUAUAACACUGCACCUCUAUAAUCUCUGCUUAGAGAGGGCAAUGUCGUGCCCUAACAAUGAGUCAUUAGCUGCAAUCAGAUUAGACGUAUCUCGUACCUUUCCUACCUUAUGUGUCUUUCAAGAGGGUGGACCAUUAUUUGAUAGCCUUCAGGGUAUUUUGGCAGCGUAUGCCGUAUACAGACCGGAUGUGGGCUAUGUGCAAGGUAUGAGUUUUGUGGGUGCUGUCUUAUCGUUGAAUAUGGAGCCGCCGGACGCCUUUGCCUGCUUCGCGAAUUUGCUAAACCAUCCUUGCCACAGAGCCGCCUUUACAUUGGACCAAAAAAGAAUGAAUACUUACUACAAAGUAUAUUCUAGUGCUCUUGCGCAUAAGCUGCCAAAAGUCUUUUCCCAUUUUACCAUAGCUGGAUUAAGCCCUGACUUGUAUCUGUUAGAUUGGUUGUAUACCAUAUAUGCUAAAGCAAUGCCUCUCGAUGUUGCAUGUAGAAUCUGGGAUGUCUUUCUCAGAGACGGAGAUGAGUUUCUCUUCAGAACCGCAUUGGGGGUGUUGCACUUAUAUCAGGAAGAAUUAUUGAAAAUGGACUUUGUACACGGCGCACAAUUUCUUACUAGAUUGCCAGAGAAUCUACAAGUAGAAUCCUUAUUUAACAGUAUUAGUCAGAUGUCUACUACUGUUGGGACGACAACGUUUCAGCAGAUGUUGGUUCAAUAUUCUUCAUAAUUUAGUAUAUCAAAAUGUAUAGUAAAAUUGAGAGAAGAAAAGUUUUCUUCUUGUGAUAACUAAAUCUGAGUCUUUGUGCAAAAAAAUUUAUACAUUAUUUAAAAUUAUUUGAAUUAUUAUUUGAAUUAUGUGAAAAUUUUGUUACAAUAACAAAAUUUUUGUAACAAAACAUAAUUCUACCUCGUGUUUGUUUGAGAAUAACUUAUGUUAAAUAUUUCAGAGAUGUAUGUAGAAAUAUAAUCUCUGAUCUUAUAAAAAUAAUAAUGUAUCUAUUAUUUUAUUAUUGAGAUAAAAGUAUAAUGUAGAUAUUAAUUGCACAACAAAUCAGAGAAGGAUAAUUUUCAAAAAUUUAUGAUAAAUAUAUUUUUGUUAUAAAUUUUUGGAAAUUAUAUGUAAAUGAAUAAAUUUGUUAUGGAAAUAUUUUCCAUGUAAAUAAUUAACUGUACUGUUCAGUUAUAAAUGUUUUCUUACAACGAAUGAAAUUAGGAAAAAUGAUCUGCAAUUUACAUAACAUGAAUGCUGUGUUAAUAGAUUUGUAUUCGUUUUACAUUUUCAUUUAAUAUUUUUUUGAAACGUGAUAUAUCUUAUAUCUUGAUAUCUUUUGAAAAGUAAAUCAGAAAAAAUAUUAUUAAGCUACAUAUCCAUAUAUGUUGUUUUAGUUUUCAUCAAUUUUUAUUAUAGAUAUUUAUGCCAGCUUAUAAUUUGUGAUAUUCGAAUAUCCGAAAUAUCCAUCUUGCUUCACAUACCAUGUAUAUUACUAUAUAUGCAAUAUUGUAUUUCAGCUUUGAGAGAUAUAUUGAUCUAUUCUUUGUGUAUUCUCUCGAUUUUUACAUUCUCUUCAAGACUGAAGGGAGAUAAGUAUAUACUCAAAUGCAACAAUAUUAUCCACCUGCAAAACUGGUAUUAUCCUCAUAAAUAUACGUCACGAAUAUAGAAUUAGCCGAAAUUAAAAAGAGAAAAAAUUCUUGAUAUGCAUAAUAUUCAAUUGCUACUUACAUUUUGGACAUGCUGACGAUAUAUUAUAAUAAGUAUCCAACAAUAAAUACUGAAACAGUUGAGAUUACACACCGAGAAAUAUAUUUUGUCCAAAAUUUUAUUUAAUAUUAGGUUAGCGAAGUUAAAUAAUGCAAACAUAUAUGUAAUGUAUGAUUAACACUAGAAAUACCAUUUUUCACUCACUAAAAAAAAUCAAGUGAAUAAAUAAUUAUUAUAAAGGAAAUAAAGGAAAAUAAAUGAAAAAAAUAUUUCAUCAAGAUAAAAAAAAAUUGAUAAGUCAAAAAAUUUUAGAAUCUUGUUUUUAAUACACAAGCAAUAGGAUAUUUAUUUAAAAAAUAGUAAUGGUUAAUAAGCGCGAUACUCUUGGUAUUAAAAAUUAAGAAAUUUCUAUAAUAUUGAAGGAGAUCUUUAAUAUUUUAAUAUUUUACGUACUUGCUAAAAGUAUAUAUUAUUUAUAAUAUUACAUUUUUUGCUAAAUAAAUUUUUCUCAAAUACGUACAGUGGAAGUUUUAACGCAAAUCGAUGCACGCCGUUUGCAUUAUUUUGCUUCGUUAUUUUUAGUCUUUGGAAAUUAUAAAUGUAUUGAGUACGAGAUUACUAAAGUGAAGCGCGUAAUAAAAUGUUGUUAUGCAAUAGAAGUUUUACUAAUUUAUACGUUUUAAAUUAAGAUAUUUUUUAUAAUUACUAUUGUCACAGUGUGUGAUAAUUUAUUUAGUUUCAAAUAGCGAGAUCUUAUCAUGUCCCGUCUUUUGAGUGGCCUUCAUAAUGAAGAUAAGAUAAAUUCGAGAUUUAAGAAUGUGCGAAUUAUGCAAUUAUUGAACUUUAUUCUCUAAAGGGAAGUAAUCUCACAAAUGUAUUUUCAUACAACAUAAAUGCAAUAUGCUUAUUGAGUGUGCUUGUCAUACCGUAUGUUUAAUGAAUGUGAGAACGAAAAGAUUUUAGGGGUGUCCUACAGGGUGUUUACUAAUGGAAAAACCUAGAAAUUUUAGGAAAAUUAUUUCUUAUUCUUGAAAAUUAGGGAUAUUCAUUGAAUUUUAUUAAUGUUCAGAAAAUUUUUGAGUUUUUACUUUUAAAUUUAAAUUUUAUUGACAAAGUUUAUUAUUAUUUUUUUAUAAAAUUUGAUUUUUUAAUGUUAUGUAACUCACAAGUUUUUAUAAAAAUUAAUGACAAUAUAAGACAAUAUAUCAUUCUAAUGUGACGGUGCGUGUUUGGAGCGUCCCGUUGGACCACGUUGCAAUUUACCACAGCCACUCGCAACGCAAUUUUUCUCUUGAGACACAGUCAAUUAGAAAAUUUUAUAUUAAAUUAACCAAUUAGCGACGUGAGCAAUCGAAAUGUCACCCUGUGUGUUUAAUCAUUAUAAGUUAGAGCCAUGUAUUGGUCAGAUUAUCACAUGGUACAUUUAGUUCACAUUGUUUUUUUUUUAAAUAUUUUUUUGAAUUUAAUAUUUAAAACUUAAAUGACUUCUUUAUGAUUUUGUGAUAAAGAAUAUUACAAAGAAUAAUAAAAUAAUUUUAUUUCAAAGUAUUAAAAAUUCUGUGAUCCUACCUGGAAUUUUAGAUAAAAUUCCUGGAAUAUCAGAGAAUUUUCAAAGAAUUCUUUUAUAAAAUUUGAGUAAACACCUUGUCCUAACAUUUUGAAUAGAUGAUAUCAUCGAUCGAUCGGUCGGUUUUGAGGUUGCCAACGAUAUUUCAGGAUGAUUACAUCAGGAUGAGUACAUUGCAUUAGCUUCAUACGUAUGACACAGCUUAGGAGCUUGAAAAUUAUACAAAAGAUAUAGAAUAUUAUCAUAUCUACCGAUAUUAUAUUCAAAUAUGUAUCUCUUUUAUAUAAUAUGGACAAGUCUUAGAGCAGAAUGGCGAAGGUGGAAGCAUUUGCCGAAAUGUGUACUAGUCGCUGAAAUAAACAAUAAUAUCACGGCUCGUUAAAUUCGCAUUUAUUUUUACGAGACGAGAUUAUCCACGGUAUAACGGUAUACUACGACGUUUUGGUUGUACCUAUGUGUUUUAUACCUGUGCGUUUUUACAAAAUGUUAUGCGAUAAUUUGCGCGACCAGUGUGCAACCAAUGGAUGUGCUUCUCAAUGACUAUAUACAUAUGUUUUAUAGGAAAUAUAUGUGAUUCUCUCAUAUAUUAUGAUAAGAAUACGAAAAUACGUCUUGAGAUACGAGGCAUAAGUGAACUCACGAGUGUAAUAUAUAUCCUAGUUUUUAAUCGACAAUACUCUCAUUCCAUCCAUUAUUCCAAACUACUACUUAGCGUUCAUGAACAAUACAUAACGAAUAAGUUUAUAGAUGUAUAUAAAGAGAGCACAAAUGAAUAAGACGUAAUUAGAGAACACAAUAAAUUAAAUUAUUUGGAAACUUUUAAUAUAAAAUUGUGUAUCUACGUACAUUGAUUAACAGUUGCGUUUGUACAUUUAAGUAUCUGCAAUAGAUUUUCUUUUUUGUUUCUUAAAAUGAAAUUACUCAAUCUUGCAUAUGGCAAUUGCUAAUAAAAUAUUAAUAAGAUUUUUAAUUUACUCGAUUGUACGAUGUACUUACGUGAAAUUAUAUUUUAUAUUGAUUAUUUUAUGUUAUUAAAAUUUUUGUUUAUUAAAUGGUCAAAACAUUUAAAAGUUUAAAUACAUAUAACAAUUUAAAUACAUGCGUUCUAUAUUUACUCCUGUUAUCUCGUACUUUUUUAUCUUUUGCAUAGGAGAUAAAUUUUAUAAAGAACCUUGCAAAUUUUAUUUCAUGAUGGUAAUAUAUUGUAAUAAUUGUAAUAUAACUUAGCUUUAUUUUCUGAUCAGGUUUUUUUUAAAUUAAUUUUGUUCGUGUCUACGCUAUGUAACAUCAUGUCUUGAUUAAUUAAAUUGUUUUAAUACGUAUGACUAUGUAUAAAUCGUAUAUGUGUGUAUACCUUCUACUUUCGACAUGACAUAAUUUCAUAAAAUGAUUGACGAUGAUGUGCCAACCGUGUCGAAGUUGUAAAAUAUGUAUGGGAAGACCUUUUAUAAAAGAUGUCUCCGUGCUAUAAGCGCAAAUCGAUUAUCAAGUUUUUUAAUUAUUAGCGUCACGUUAUGCGGUUGGCUAAUGUACUGAAUACAAUGCAAUACAGUUAUCUCAUUUUUUACUGAUGGAUGGUAAUGUGAUUGAAACAUGCAACACACGAAAAUGCGACGUAUAUGUCCAAAAAUAACUGUAACCGUCACACAAUCGAAGUGGAACGCGAGGAUCUUAUAAUUUGUCCGCCUUAUCGAUUUAAUGAUCGCGUUAUAAUGAAUGCGAGUUACUACAACCAGAAAUGUAUGUAUGUGUAAUUGAGUACACGUGGCGUAUGCUUGUGCAUGUAUUGAUUGCAUCGAAUACUUAUAGGUAUAUCUACGUUCUGCUUAGAAAUUCUACAAGAAAAACAUGUUUUAAAUACAAUUCUAUUUUUUCCGAUUACUGUAAUUAUAUAUAUAUAUAUAUUUUUUUUUUUUUUUUAUACAGUAAUAACUCUGCUGUUCUGUUCGAGUUUAUUUAAUCUAAAAUGUACUUUAUUUUCCUAUUAAUAUUUUAUAAAAAAUUUUUUUUUCUUUAACGAUUUCGUCUGGUAAUGUAACAUUUUUUUCUAUGAAAAUUUUUUUAUUUUUGUUUAUUUCUUUAAAAUCAUAUUGACGGCUAAAUAAUACAAUAAUAUAGUAAAUUUAAAAACAGCAGGACAAAAGAGAUUUAUUGUCUUCAAAUUUACAAAAGACACUCCCAUAAAUAAUAGAUUUACUGAAGUUAUAUACAAUAUAUACAUAAUUUUGAAAUGUUUUGGAAUACGUGAUGCAGCAAAUAAUAUUUGGUCUUGUGGAUAUACCUAUGUUACUUGAAUUUUUAAGUUCCCUCUACUUAAGGUUGAAUAGAUACGAUGCCUAAAGGACAUGAUAAAAUCGUGUAAAUGCAAACGUAAAAAAAUCUGUGCACAAACAACCAUGCAUCAUGCACUAUGUGACACUUCUGUGUUCCUUGUCAUUAGUGCCUCGAUAGAGGAACUCAUUGUAUAUUUUAUACGCGUUUUAUCGUGUGUACAUUUACCUUAAGUGCAAUAUUGUAAUAUAUAUUUUUUAAAGAAUCGAUCCCACAAUAUUUAUUUUGUCAGAUCUACCUAGAUCAGUAAAACAUGUAAAGUAUACAUAGAGAUGUUAGCGAAUUAGAAGAAAAAAAAAGGAAAGGGAAAAGACGAUCUUCAUAUUUUUUAAUACGAAAUUUGAAAAGGAACUGGUUUUCUCUGGAAAAGAUGUGAAGUUGUAAAGUAGCUAGUUUGCGUUACGAAUUCCAAAAAAAUCCCGGACGAUUGCGAUAAAAUGUGAUGCACAACCACGUCUCUAUGACGCUUUUUAUUAGAGGAGAUCUCACGGCACCACGUGAGGACUAUUAUGUAUAUAACUACACGCUUGCUUCCUAAUUUAAUCGAAACAUAAGGGUUAACGAUAUCUACCGCAAUAGUGUAAUGACCAUUUUUAUAUUAUGUAAUGGAUUACGAACGCAAUUGUAAGCGUGCUAAAACGUGCGUGUAAGGAACAUUGUAAAUGACACCGGCAACAUAUCUCUAUGACUUUUUUUCCUAUACGAAUAAAAAUUAUGCUCUAUGACAUCGAA